CCCGAAGUCUCUCUUGACAGAUCCGACUCCAGAUUGAGAGGAUUCAAGAUGGCUGCUACAGGAUUUAAGUGAAGAGGAAACUCCUCUGGACCCCGCUGUGCAUGAAUCUGUCCUGAGGUGAAGAGCUGUAAGUGUAAGGACUACAUCAUCCUCUCACAUCUCAUCAUGUCCUCCACCUCCUCCUCCUACUCCUCCUCGGGGGAAACCAGUCCGGAGGAUGUGCCGCGAGGUGGGGGCACCAUCCGAGUCUACCUCCCCAACAAACAGAGGACAGUGGUCAACGUUCGUCAAGGACAGACUGUGCACGAGAGUCUGGACAAGGCGCUCAAAGUGCGAGGCUUAAAUCAGGACUGCUGUGCCGUUUUCCGCCUUCUAGAAGGUCGUAAGAGACUGACAGACUGGGACACAGACAUCACUCCUCUGGUUGGAGAGGAGCUUUUAGUUGAAGUCCUUGAUGAUAUUCCGCUCACAAUGCACAAUUUUGUACGGAAAACCUUCUUCAAGCUCGCUUACUGUGAUUUCUGCCACAAGUUUCUGUUUAACGGCUUCAGGUGUCAGACGUGUGGAUACAAAUUUCACCAGCACUGUAGUAGCAAGGUCCCGACUGUGUGUGUCGACAUGGACACUGUGAGCAAACGGAUUGAUUCUAAUCCUUGCACAGACGAGUAUCCACAGAUACUAUUGCCAGAAAAUUCCCCGUCACAGAGUAAUCUAGCCUUAACCCCGGAGCCUCCUGGGAUGGACCUCUUGUCCCCGACCUCGGCCUUUCGCUUCCCCAUACCCAGUGGAGACGGUCAGUCUCUGCAGAGACAUCGGUCCACGUCCACUCCCAACGUUCACAUGGUCAGCACAGUGGGUCCUGUCGGUGUCAGCAUCAUAGAGGAAGCACUAAAAUUCAACAACACAAUUGGUCCUGAACCUUCCCCAAAACCCUCCACCAGCCCGCCGUGCACUCUCGGCUCCCCAGGUAGGAAACCACCAAAGUCUCCUUCAGAGCACAAGGAGCGUAAGUCCUCCUCAUCUGACGACAAAAAGAAAGUGCACCGAGGAGGCUACAGAGACUCGAGUUACUACUGGGAGGUUCAUUCUCGAGAGGUCAACGUUCAGAAGAGGAUCGGUGCCGGUUCCUUUGGAACAGUGUUUAAGGGGAAGUGGCACGGGGACGUAGCAAUCAAGGUUCUCAAGGUGACGGAGCCGACGCCAGAGCAGCUACAGGCCUUCAAAAAUGAAAUGCAGGUCCUACGGAAAACCCGCCACGUCAACAUCCUGCUCUUCAUGGGCUACAUGACGAAGCCCAACUUUGCCAUCAUCACUCAGUGGUGUGAGGGCAGCAGCCUGUAUCGCCAUCUGCAUGUCACUGAAACCAAGUUUGACACGAUGCGGCGCAUCGACGUGGCCAGACAGACGGCGCAGGGCAUGGAUUAUCUUCAUGCGAAGAACAUAAUUCACCGAGAUCUGAAAUCAAAUAAUAUUUUCCUCCAUGAGGGCUGGACUGUAAAGAUCGGUGACUUCGGCUUGGCCACGGUCAAGUCUCGGUGGAGUGGAUCUCAGCAGGUGCAGCAGCCGAGUGGCUCCAUUCUCUGGAUGGCUCCUGAAGUAAUCCGAAUGCAGGACAGCAACCCAUACACGUUCCAGUCUGAUGUGUACGGUUAUGGAGUCGUUCUGUUUGAGCUGAUGGCGGGGUUGCUGCCCUACGCCAAUAUCAACAACAGAGACCAGAUAAUCUUUAUGGUUGGACGUGGUUACUUGUCUCCAGACCUCAGUAAGCUGUCUAGUACCUCACCCAAAUCAAUGAAAAGGCUCAUAGUCGAAUGCUUAAAGUUCAAGCGCGACGAGAGGCCGCUGUUUCCUCAGAUCCUGGUGGCCAUCGAGCAGGUGCAAGACCUGCUGCCAAAAAUCGAGCGCAGCCGCUCGGAGCCAUCACUCCAUCGGGCCGUCCACGCCGAGGACCUGAACCCCCUCCUGUUCCACACCACCAGGCUGGUGCCCCUCUAAAGUUUGCUGCAGCACUGUGGGCAGAGAGGCUUCGUCUCUCUGACCAAAAGCCACAUCAUUCCUGAGCCGGCCACACCUGACAGAACCAGCACCACCUGAAACCCUCUCUGUAACCCCUGCAGCAUCCUGGAGCUGCACCACUGAGUAACAACCUGCAGAAAUAACCACAACAUGAUGUUUAAAGUGAUAGUGAAAGUUCGUUAUCGUAUCGCUAAAAUGCCUUUGAUUGGACCAAUGAGAGAAUCUGAUCCUCUGAGCAGGUUUGAGGACGAUUAAGGAGUUUUCUACACAUGCACUGCAAAAAUUCUCUGCCAAUAUUCAGUGGUCAAGUCGUCUGCCGUUCACAUGCAGCGUGUUUUUUAAAAAAAAAAUGUAAAGAAACUUUUUCCCUGUGGGGCGGAGCUUCUGUUGCGUUUGUCGUUACUGAGCAACCAAAACCGGGGAGCUGUUGAAAUAAUUCAAGUUGCUGCAGCCUCAUGAAUUCAUUAAGAAAAAUUAAUAUAAACAUUUGUAAAUUAUCGGCCAAAAAAAACAAUAGACCAUUUCUUAAUUAUUGGCCCAAAAAUCUAAUUGACCAUUUCUCAAUUAUUGGCCAAGAAACCAAUAGUCCAUCUCUUGGUUAUUGGCCAAAUAAUCAAUAGACCAUCUCUCAAUUAUUGUCUUUUUUAGGCCAGUUUUUGAAAUGGUUAGCUGCUGCUGCUAAGAACAAUACUGUCAGGCAGAACGUACUGUGACGUGUAACACUGAAGUUCUUAGUCACCAUUUGAAUUUGCACUUCCACUUCACUGCUGCUGUACUUGGACCCUUUUUAAACAUAGAAAAGCUCUCUAUGUUACAGAAGAUAUUUUCACGCAGAUAAACCCUGUGCUGCAUGUGAACGGCCCCUGACAAGGAUCCUGUCAGGAGAAGUUCGGUCCAGGUCACAUGACAAGCUCACAUACUGAUGUGCUGAGACGUGAGGCUGCUGAUGGUAAAGCAGAAGUGAAACUCCAUUAAUUCCUGCUCAAACACUUAACAAUAACAACUUAACCUGAGGACGGAGUGAAAUAUAAUCUACAAGUCCAGUUUCCCAAAACAUUCUAUAUUUAAAGCCACUUUUUUUGAAAAAUAACCAAACAUCAUGAAAUGAGACAUUUAAGGAAAUGUAUAAACAUUUUGGGAAACACUGGACUUUCCCACAGCGUGACGCGGCUAAAAAUGCUGCUUCUCUAUUUACAUGCUGAAAAUACACGUUUAGGGUUUCUGGAACUAAUCAGAUUUUAUUUUUAUUUUCCAAUAUAAUUAAAUUGGAAAUGGCGUCGUCGUCCAAAGUUCACGUCCUCAAUCAGUCCCUCUUUGUCUCUCAUGUCAUCAAGCUUCCACUAAUGUCCAAUAAGUCAAAUUCAUGAAGAGUAAUCGGACCUGUGGACACAUCUUUAUGUCAGACAUUAGUUAUUGUUCCUAAAUCACUGUAUUCACUAUUAAGUCUUAAAUCCACCAUCUUCACACACUGUCAAUCCUUGAGAUUAUACAGUGUCUACUAAUUAGAUUGUAGAUAGUUGUUUGGACCAAUAUUUUGUACAAAAAGAAUCUUCCCCCCAGGGUGUGAUACUGAGAUAUUGAUGAAAUAUUAAAUGUCCAGUGUUUCAGAAUUAGUGAAUUACAGCGUCGGGGGGAACUACGGUGGCCUACAUGUGCCAGAAAGGAUGAUGUCAUAAUGCUUCAACACGUCAUAACACGUGUGCUUUGGCUGCCUCUGUGGAGCAAGGCCCUGGCCAAAGACUAAAAUAAAGGCUCAUGGUGCGUUCCAGUUGUCGUCGGAAGUUGGAAUUUCCGUGUUGCCCGACACAGGAUUCCAUGCUGGCUGCCACUUGUGUAAAAAAAAAAAAAACACUACUUUUGCUGUUAAUUGCAC